UUGAUGAAACAAAACAGUCGGAUCCAGAAUUUGAACUUCUAAGUUAUGUCAAUUUACUAUGUGAAAUCGAACGAUUCUAUAGCAAUUGGAUCAACACAUGAGAAACAAAAUGUACCUAGAAUCAGCAAAAGUAUCCCGAAUGCAAUGGCUGAUGAACAGAUUGCAGCAGGAUGGCCUGCUUGGCUUGUUGCAACGGGCACUGAAGCUAUCCAUGGAUGGCUUCCCAGAAAACUUGAAUCGUUCCACAUGCUUGAUAAGAUUGGUUACGGAGCUUACAGUACUGUUUACAAGGCUCGUGACCUCGAACACAACAAAAUAGUUGCUCUGAAACGAUUGAAGUUUGACAAUGUAGAAUUAAUGAUGAAGGAAAUCAACAUUUUACGAAGGCUGGAUCACGAAAAUGUUAUCAAAUUGGAAGGGUUGAUCAUCACAUCAGGUAUUAUAUUUGGUUUUUUAUAUCUUAUUUUCGAGUAUAUGGAACAUGAUCUCAAAGAACUUCUAUCAAUCCCCGGAGUAUUUUUCUCCGAAUCACAGAUCAAAUGUUAUAUGAAACAACUUCUAAAUGGAAUUAAUCAUGUCCAUAGUCGAGGUAUCCUUCAUCGAGACAUAACCACAUCAAAUCUAUUACUUGAUAAUCGCGGUAUCCUGAAAAUUGCAGACUUUGGCCUGUCUACACUUUCCAAAUCCAAGCUUAAUGUCCCUUUGACUAGCUGCAUUGGGACUCUCUGGUAUCGAGCACCAGAACUGUUAAUUGGAUCGUGUUUUUAUGGAAUCGAAGUGGAUCUAUGGAGUAUUGGUUGUGUACUCGGAGAAUUGUUUAAUGGCAAAGGAAUUUUGCAAGGUAAUAACGAAAUUGAUCAGUUGCAUAAGAUAUUCAAGCUAUGUGGAUCUCCUUCUGAUGAAUAUUGGCGAAAAUACAAUUCGUCUGAUGCAGCAAUUUUGAAACAGAAAGUACCUUACAACACGAAAAUCGAAGAAACAUUUCAUGAUUUUCCUGUUGCUGCUCUGGAACUUAUGCAAAUUCUGCUUUCUGUAGAACCACAGUGCAGAGGGACUGCUGUUAUUGCUAUGGAUCACAGUUUUUUCAAAGUUGAACCAUUUGCUUCUGAUUCGUUUAGUUUGCCUAAAUACCCUCCAACUAAAGGAUUGGAUGUAAAAUGGAAGAAUUCUAAGGUGUGUUCAACCAUUUUCGACGAAAUUAACUGGAUGGAUGAGAAGUAUGAUUUUACCAUGGAUGCUUUAGAGAUUGCACCCUGGGUAACAAUAGAUGAAAGACGAAGAUACAAAAUGCCCGAAUCAGCAAAUUCUUCUGAAGGAGCUAAUAGAGAUAAAGGCAAGGAGGAUCAGGAACACAACUUCUGGAGUUUUAUAAAGGGAAAGAAGAAGCAAAAUCAUGUUCCGUCAACUGCUGCCUCGAAGAGAGUUAAUGGCCAUGAUAUCAAGGGUAAAAAACAGCAGUAUGGUUUAUUGAUUACUGCAUCAAAUCAAAAUGAUCGUGAUUUCAAGGGAAAGAAGAGUGAUUUUUAUGCUCGGUUACCUGUUGAAUCGAACUCAAUGGAUGUGGAUCGAGUGCUCAGGGAGCAUGAUCGGCAUAUCCAGGAAGUUGUUGAGCGCACCAAGCUUGAGAAGAAAAUGAGAGCUAAAGUUCAGGUUGAAGGCUGAAAUGGAAGCAUGGUGGACAAAGCAUCCCAUGGCUCGAACUAG